CUUCGUCCUGGACUCCUUUGUCGAGUUCAUAGCGUCCGUGAUUUCGAGCCAUGGCGUUCCUUGACAAGGUCUUCAAGAACAGGAGAAAGAGCCAACAGAUAGUGAACGGUCUCUCCAAUGGGCGAAGUGUCAAUGGAACAGCUGCCAAUGGCACAACCACGAACGGUUACGGCGCUGCUACGAAUGGCCAACCUGCAUACGUACCGCAGAAGUCUGCUACAGAAGCGCAAGGCAGAUAUCCUGACCCUCCAAACCAUGGCGAGCAAAGACAGACCGUAGGAGCCGACCUUGAGGCGUUCACGGGCCUGAUCUCUCAUAUGAUGAGACCCAUGCCUGAGCAGAUGGGUGAUGGCACGUACGCAAAGCACGAGGAAGCUCAUUCAAGCCUGUUCUCGGAACUGUCGUCGCUUGGCAUCAAAGACUACAAGACACUUGCGGACUAUGUGUCGGCAGGUACUGGGCCGGUUGAUGACAAGACCAUGCUUAUGGAGCGAGUCAUCCAGCUCGUCGCAAAGCUCCCGGACAAAUCGGCGCAUCGUGUCGAGCUUACGAACAAGUUCGUGGACACCUUGUUCAACAGCCUACAGCAUCCACCUUUGUCAUACUUAGGAGACCAGUUCAAAUACAGACAAGCGGACGGGUCUCACAACAAUAUCAUGUAUCCGCACAUGGGAAAGGCUAAUACGCCAUACGCCAGAACUGUUCAGUCAGAAACUGUGCAGCCGGGUGCUUUGCCAGAUCCCGGUCUUGUAUUCGACAGCUUGUUUGCCCGUGAAAAGUUUGAGCCUCAUCCGAACAACAACAGCAGCAUCAUUUUCUACUGGGCAUCGAUCAUCAUUCAUGACCUGUUCCAGACAGAUCAUAGCGACUUCAACAACUCGCAGACCUCAAGCUACCUCGAUCUGUCACCGCUCUAUGGCGAUACGCAAGAGGACCAAGACACUAUUCGUACUUUCAAGGAUGGCAAGCUGAAGCCUGACUGCUUCUGCGAGCAUCGUCUGCUAACCUUUCCACCUGGCUGUGGCGUCAUCCUCAUCAUGUUCAACCGCUUCCAUAACAACGUAGCCGAACAACUUGCAGCCAUCAAUGAGAACAAUCGCUUCACGAAGCCGUCGCCAAACCUGUCUCCAGAACAGGCACAGAAGGCCUGGGCUAAGUACGACAACGAUCUGUUUCAGACCGCUCGCCUGGUCACCGGCGGCUUGUACAUGAACAUCACGCUUAUCGACUACGUUCGCACCAUCAUCAAUCUCACCAGAAGUAACACAACUUGGACACUUGAUCCAAGAGUGAAGGAGGCGGAUACUCUCUUCGCAAACGAUGGCACACCUCGCGGCAUUGGCAACCAAGUGAGCGCCGAGUUCAACCUAGUCUAUCGAUGGCACAGUGCUGUGAGCGAAAGAGACGACAAGUGGACGCAAGAGCUGUUCAAGGAGAUGUGGGGCAAGCCCGCAGAGCAAGUCUCUAUGCCGGAGCUUAUGAUGGGUCUGCACCAUUGGGAGCAGACGAUGCCAAAGGAUCCCUUCGAUCGCGAGUUCAAUAAGAUGAAGCGUGGGCCAGAUGGCCGAUACAACGACGAUGAACUGGUCGAGGUAAUCACGUCUAGCAUUGAGGACGUGGCGGGGCGCUUUGGCGCGAAUCACAUCCCCAAGUCCCUCCGCGCUAUUGACAUUCUGGGCAUGAAGCAAGCAAGAGCCUGGGAGCUGUGUUCGUUGAACGAGUUCCGCAAGUUUUUCGGCUUAACACCGCACAGGACGUUUGAGAGCAUCAAUCCCGAUCCGAAGGUUGCACAGCAAAUGCGCAACCUGUACGAGGAGCCCGACCGAGUUGAGCUUUAUACUGGACUUAUUGCGGAGGGUGCUAAGCAGCCCAUGCAGUCCGGUGGCGAGCUCAGCGAUGUUGGGGUCGGUAUCUGCCCGACCUACACAAUCUCUCGCGCUAUCCUUUCGGAUGCUGUUGCUCUUGUGAGGGGCGACCGAUUCUAUACAAUCGACUAUACUCCUAAGAACUUGACAAAUUGGGGCUACAGCGAGGUCCAAUACGAUUUCUCAGUCGAGCAGGGUUGCUGCUUCUACAAGCUGUUCUUGCGCGCCUUCCCGAACCACUUCCUCCCGAACAGCAUCUAUGCACACAUGCCUAUGACGACCCCGGAGGAGAAUAGGAAGAUUAUGAGAGUGCUUGGCCGCGAGUCUCAUUACAGCUGGGACCGACCGAAGCGGAUCCCAGAUCGUGUUGUGAUCCAGAACUACAAAGGCGUCCGUCAAAUCCUCGAGAACGGCAACGUCUUCAAGGUCAUCAACGCCGAGCCAUUCGCCUAUUUGUACGGACCGCUCAGUCGCUCGUUCAUGCUUACUGGCGAUGGCAAGCCAUUCGUGGAGAACAAGCAGAUGAUGCAUAAAGCUCUCUACCGCGAGAGCUGGCAUCAGCAGGUCAGGGACUUCUACGAGUUCAUCACACUGAAGCUUCUUCGCGAGAAGAGCUGUGAGAUCGCUGGCCUCAACCAGAUCGACAUCACGCGAGACGUUGGUAAUCUUGCACACGUACAUUUCGUGGCGAACGUCUUCUCCCUCCCACUGAAGACUCACGAGCACCCAAGAGGUGUCUAUACGGAGCAUGAGCUCUACCAGGUUAUGGCAGGCCAGUUUGUGUUCCUCUUCUUCGACAUCGACCCAGCCAAAUCCUUCCCAUUAGCUUUACUCGUCCGGAACGUUAUCCAGCAACUCGGGCAGCUUGUGCUUGCCAAUGUUAAGUGGAUUCAGAACACUGGUUUCCUGUCCGCAGUCACCGAGAGACUCCAUCACGAAGAGACCCCGCUCAGCGACUACGGCACCCACAUGAUUCAACGCCUCCUUGCAACGGGCAAGACAGCUGAGGAGAUAACAUACGGUAAUAUCAUGGGCACGGCAGGUGCAAUGGUUGCGAACCAAGCGCAAGUGUUCACUCAGAUCGUCGACUACUACAUGUCACCAGCCGGUAACAAGCACUGGCCUGAGAUCCAGCGAAUCGCACGCGAAGGCUUCGUCGGUAACAAUGAGGAUAAGCUGCUUCGUUACGCCAUGGAAGCCAUCCGUCUCAACGGCACGUUCGGCGGCUACCGUGAAGUCGCAGCUCAGAUGACAAUCGACGAUACCAAUUUCCAAGGCUAUGUGGAUGUAAAGCCAGGUGAUAAAGUCUUUGUCUCGUUCGUCAAAGCCUCCAGAGAUCCUUCGGUCUUCCCGAACCCGGACGAGGUCAGACUCGACCGGGACAUGGACAGCUACAUCCAUUACGGCAAAGGCCCGCAUGAGUGCUUGGGCGAGGACGCUUCGAAGGUUGCUCUCACUGCGAUGCUAAGGACUGUCGCCAGGCUGGACAACCUACGGCCAGCACCUGGACCGCAAGGAGUCUUGAAGAAGGUGGACAGACCACUAGGCUUCUAUGCAUACAUGACCGAAGACUGGGGAAAGUACUUCCCUUUCCCGACAACGUGGCGUUUGCACUACGAUGGCACCGUCCCAAGUAGCUACUAGGCGGAGCGACCCGAAUCGUGGAGCAUACCGAAAGGUGCAAGAUUGUUGGUGCCGUCAAAAAAAGAUCCAGCCCGAGACUCAAGGUUAUUGAUGUGGACAUGAGGAUGCGUCUCUGUAGUAGCAAAUUGAACAUCCAAUCUCC